GAACCACAUGAGCGACCGACCAAAAUGAGGAAGCUAGAUCACGCUGCAGACCCUACCGUAGCUCAAAAAAGAGCGGAUGGCGAGUCCGCAUCAUUGCAGCAAGAUGCACCUUCACCAUAUCUACAGGAGCAUCCCGAACCAGCUAAGGAGAGUUGGGAAUUACAAGACGGGGUAAACGUCGAUCCUGGUGAACCCUCUGACAUUGUCUACGUAUCAAAAAACCAGCAGAAGAAAUUGAAGCGUCAGCAGGCAUGGGAGGCAGGCUUAGAGGCCCGGAAGGUCAAGCGCAAAGAAAAGGCGAAGGCGGCCAAGGAGAGAAGACGAGAGCGAGUGCAACAAGCAGUACUUGCCGGUGAGGACUUCUCGCGGAAGCCAAAGGGGAAAGUCGUUCAGCUUCCGAUCACUUUUAUCAUCGAUUGCGACUUCGAUGACUUGAUGGAAGAUCCCGAACUGAAGUCGUUAGCCAGUCAAAUCACCAGGUGCUACUCCGACAAUAGAAAUGCGCGGUUGAGGGCACACCUUGCCGUGUCUUCCUUUGGUGGGAAGCUGAAGGAGCGGUUUGACGGUGUUCUGGCAAAAAAUCACGAGUCUUGGAAAGGAAUCCAGUUCUUCCCCGAGGAUUUUGUUCAAGUUUCUGAAAAAGCAACGGAGUGGAUGAAGGGAGAAAGAGGCGGCGAGGUUGCCGGACAUCUCAAACGUGGAGACGACUCGGAUGAUCUAGAAGCAGGUGCGGGCACUGGGGAGGUCGUUUAUCUAUCGAGUGAAAGCGAUGUCACAUUGGAGCAUCUGAGCCCGCACAGCACAUACAUUAUCGGAGGUCUCGUCGACAAGAACCGUUACAAAGGCAUAUGCUACAGGCGAGCAAUGGACCGCGGAAUAAAGACUGCUAAACUACCAAUCGGCGACUUCCUACAGAUGAAUAGCCGUGCUGUUCUAGCCACAAACCACGUUCUGGAAAUCAUGCUGAGAUGGUUGGAGCUGGGUGAUUGGGGAGAUGCUUUCAUGGAGGUCAUUCCGAAACGAAAGGGGGGCACAUUACGAGAGUCAGCA